CCGCCAGCCCGCCCGCCCGGCCGGGAGCGCGCGGCCGCCCGCCCGCCCGCUCGGCGAGGGAGCGAGACGGCGCUGCCGCCUGCCGCCGGCCCCUCUCCUCCUCUCCUCUCCCCGCCGCGCCGAUCCCCUCCAUGGACCUGGCGCCGCCCCGCUAGCCGGAGCUGCCCGCCCGCCCGCUGCCGCUGGGGAGUAGCCGGCUGAGAGGGGGCGGGAGGGGGGGUGGGGGGGGGGGGGCGGAGGAGGAGGAGGAAGGUGGGGUCGCGGAGUGUGUGACACGCGCGGGGAGCGGCGGCUGCGGCCCGCGGCAGGAGGAGCGGGGAGUCCCGGCGCGGCCGCGGGAGCCCCCGGGCGGCGGCGCCUCAGGAAGGUGGCGGCGGCGGCGGCGGCGGCGGGAGCUGCCGUAGCGGUGGGGAUUUACCGUGGUGGUGGCGGUUGGCGCUGACCGGCAGGGGAGCGCGCCGCGCGGCGGGGACUGUGCCCGCGGCCCCCCCCCCCCCCCCCCCCCCCGGGCCGCCGCCUCCCGGGCUGAUCCCCCCCCCCACCCCCCCCACGCCCGGACCAUGGCCGACGACGACGUGCUGUUCGAGGACGUGUACGAGCUCUGCGAGGUGAUCGGCAAGGGUCCAUUCAGUGUUGUACGGCGAUGUAUCAACAGGGAAACAGGGCAACAGUUUGCAGUAAAGAUUGUCGAUGUAGCAAAAUUCACUUCAAGUCCUGGAUUAAGCACAGAAGAUCUGAAGAGAGAAGCCAGUAUUUGUCACAUGCUGAAGCAUCCUCAUAUUGUUGAACUAUUGGAGACAUACAGCUCAGAUGGAAUGCUUUAUAUGGUCUUUGAGUUUAUGGAUGGAGCAGAUCUGUGUUUUGAAAUCGUGAAGAGAGCAGAUGCUGGAUUCGUGUACAGCGAGGCUGUAGCCAGUCAUUACAUGAGACAGAUAUUGGAAGCUCUACGUUACUGUCAUGAUAAUAAUAUAAUUCACAGGGAUGUGAAGCCACACUGUGUACUGCUUGCCUCAAAAGAGAAUUCAGCCCCAGUAAAGCUUGGUGGCUUCGGGGUAGCAAUUCAGUUAGGAGAGUCUGGGCUAGUUGCUGGAGGACGUGUAGGAACACCUCAUUUUAUGGCCCCAGAAGUUGUAAAAAGGGAACCUUAUGGGAAGCCUGUAGAUGUUUGGGGUUGUGGCGUGAUCCUUUUUAUCCUGCUAAGCGGUUGUUUGCCUUUUUAUGGAACCAAGGAAAGAUUAUUUGAAGGCAUUAUUAAAGGAAAAUACAAGAUGAAUCCUAGGCAAUGGAGCCAUAUUUCUGAAAGUGCCAAAGAUCUGGUACGUCGCAUGCUUAUGCUGGAUCCAGCAGAAAGGAUAACAGUAUAUGAAGCACUGAAUCAUCCCUGGUUAAAGGAGAGAGAUCGCUAUGCAUACAAGAUUCAUCUUCCAGAAACAGUAGAACAAUUGAGAAAAUUCAAUGCAAGACGAAAACUAAAGGGGGCAGUACUAGCAGCUGUGUCAAGCCACAAAUUCAACUCCUUCUAUGGUGACCCCCCUGAAGAGCUGCCAGACUUCUCUGAAGACCCCACCUCCUCAGGACUUCUAGCAGCAGAAAGAGCAGUCUCACAAGUGCUGGACAGCCUGGAAGAAAUUCACGCACUUACUGACUGCAGCGAAAAAGACUUAGAUUUUCUUCACAGUGUUUUCCAGGAUCAGCAUCUUCACACGCUACUAGAUCUUUACGACAAAAUAAACACAAAAUCUUCACCACAAAUCAGGAAUCCCCCAAGUGAUGCUGUACAGAGAGCCAAAGAGGUAUUGGAAGAAAUUUCAUGUUACCCAGAGAACAAUGAUGCAAAGGAGCUAAAGCGUAUUUUAACACAACCUCAUUUCAUGGCCUUACUUCAAACUCAUGAUGUAGUGGCACAUGAAGUUUACAGUGAUGAAGCGCUGAGAGUUACACCUCCUCCCACCUCUCCAUACUUAAACGGAGAUUCUCCAGAAAGCGCCAACGGCGACAUGGACAUGGAGAAUGUAACACGAGUUCGACUGGUGCAGUUCCAGAAGAACACAGAUGAACCAAUGGGAAUCACUUUAAAAAUGAAUGAGCUGAACCAUUGCAUUGUGGCAAGAAUUAUGCAUGGAGGAAUGAUUCACCGGCAAGGUACGCUACAUGUAGGGGAUGAAAUCCGAGAAAUAAAUGGAAUCAGUGUGGCAAAUCAAACUGUAGAACAGCUACAAAAAAUGCUUAGGGAAAUGCGUGGAAGUAUUACCUUUAAGAUUGUGCCAAGUUAUCGCACGCAAUCUUCAUCCUGUGAGAGAGAUUCCCCCUCUACAUCCAGACAGUCCCCAGCUAAUGGUCAUAGCAGCACUAACAAUUCUGUUUCGGACUUGCCAUCGACAACACAACCAAAAGGACGACAGAUAUAUGUAAGAGCACAAUUUGAAUAUGAUCCAGCAAAGGAUGACCUCAUUCCUUGCAAAGAAGCUGGCAUCAGAUUCCGAGUUGGUGAUAUUAUCCAAAUCAUUAGCAAAGAUGAUCACAACUGGUGGCAGGGUAAACUUGAGAACUCCAAAAAUGGUACUGCAGGUCUUAUUCCUUCUCCUGAACUUCAAGAAUGGCGAGUUGCUUGUAUUGCCAUGGAGAAGACCAAACAGGAGCAGCAGGCCAGCUGUACUUGGUUUGGAAAGAAAAAAAAGCAGUACAAAGACAAAUAUUUGGCAAAGCACAAUGCAGUGUUUGAUCAAUUAGAUCUCGUCACAUAUGAAGAAGUAGUAAAACUGCCAGCAUUCAAAAGGAAAACACUAGUCUUACUAGGUGCACACGGUGUUGGAAGAAGACACAUAAAAAACACACUCAUCACAAAACACCCGGACAGAUUUGCUUACCCCAUUCCUCACACGACCCGACCUCCAAAGAAAGAUGAAGAAAAUGGGAAAAAUUACUACUUUGUAUCACAUGACCAAAUGAUGCAGGAUAUAUCAAACAAUGAAUAUUUGGAAUAUGGCAGCCAUGAGGAUGCAAUGUAUGGGACAAAACUGGAAACAAUACGAAAGAUCCAUGAGCAGGGACUAAUUGCAAUACUUGAUGUAGAACCUCAGGCAUUGAAGGUCCUGAGAACUGCAGAGUUUGCUCCUUUUGUUGUUUUUAUUGCUGCACCUACAAUUACCCCAGGCAUUAAUGAGCUGCCAAAAUGGUGCAGAAAAUUGCCUGAUGAAUCUCUUCAGCGCCUGCAGAAGGAGUCUGAAAUCUUACAGAGAACAUAUGCACACUACUUUGACCUAACAAUUAUCAACAAUGAGAUUGAUGAAACUAUCAGGCACCUGGAGGAAGCCAUCGAGCUUGUGUGUACAGCCUCACAGUGGGUCCCGGUCUCCUGGGUCUACUAGACCGGUCAUGAGAGAAUUGACAAAAAAAAAAUCUGUCAUUACUGGGAACCACCUCAUACAUGGAAAACCUCUUCGUUAUUGACCUUGUGUCAACAGGUCUUGGCCCCUAGAGACUACCUAGAUGUAGUGUGACCUAAAAUAUAAUUAUUGUCAUGUCCGAAUAGAUAGGAGGAGGGGAAAAAAAAAAUUAAACACUAAUUUAAAGAGACAGUAUCUUUUUUUAAUCAUUUCUCCUAAACUUUAAUAAAAUGUAUCUUUAAAUAUAUGUAUUAUUCAGUCCUUUGGAAUGUUAUAUUUUUGGAAAUCAUAGCUUUUUAUUUCAAGGGCCCCUAAAAACUGCACAAAAUAGAUGCUGCUUUCUAUAAUCUAUUUUAAUAGUAAUAAUAAUAUGAUUCUGUUACCUUAACUUGGGGGUGGAACACUACAUUCUUUUUAGAGUCUGAUUUUUUGAUUGGAAUACUUUGCUUUCCUUUAUUUAUUUGAAGUAAUUAGUCUAGUGGUUACGAAACAAAUUCAUAAAUUUUAAAGGCCUUUUUUCGCUUUUUUUUUCCUAGGAUAGUAUUUUUAAGUACUUUUGUGUAACAUCCAGAUAAUGUGAUACUGUCUCUUUGAAGAACUCUGUAAAACUUUUAGAAAUUUGAAAUUGGGUCUUGACUCUUAAUGCAUGUGGACAGUCGCAAGCGUUCAUGCCGUUGGUGUAUCUGUGUUGAUAAAACCUGUAAUCUACAGCAAAGUACAUUCCGUUCAUGGGAACACGUACCCAAGGGAAUAAAGUAAAAUAUUAUUCUGACUAAGUUGUAAACCUAUGCACAUCCCUUGCAUUUUGGGCAACUUUAUAAAAAAAAAAAACUGAUUUUUAUUAAUAAUAAUCAUGUAGUGAAAUGUGUUUGUAAUUUUGUCUCAAUUUAAUUUGUUGUAAGGUGGGAGGGGGCAAUUACUGGUUUCACCAUUUCAGAUCUGUGUUGUCUGAGAGUAUUAACGUUUUAAUUAAGUUUAAGCAAAGAAAUGCUGAUUUUUAAUAUGUAUGUAAUUGUUUAAAGAUGCACACAUUUUAAAAGAAAAUACUGUGCAAUGAAGAAACCAGUUUAGGCAUUGCGAUAAACUGACUAUUCCAAAAGACUCAUCUACAACAGCCCUGUAAAUUCCUUUAAAAAUGGUAAUUGACUCUACAGUCUGACCAAUUUUUUUUAUUUUAAAUAUACUUCCUUUUAUGUGUUCAACAA